AUGGCCCCCUCCACCUCCGCCGCCCGCCCCAAACGCGCCGGCGACGAUAUCGCCCGCCUCCACGACCAAACCUUAAAGAAACCCCGCUUCGACGCCCGCAACCCCUCCACCCUCGCCCCCGACGAGCCCGAAGACGACCUCAUCCUCGACGCCGACGUGAUCGGUAAGAGCGGACCGCAGAUCAAACGGAACGCUGUGAACAUCGAUGGGUAUGAGAGUGAUUCGGAUAAUGAUAACUUCAACGAGCGGGCGGAGUUGAGGGAGCGGGAGAAGAAGGCCACUGGGGGUCGGGGGAGUAAGGAGGAGGAGGAGGAUGAUAUGUUUGCGGAUUUGGAGGAGAGGGAUGGGGAUGAGGAUGAGGAGAAGUCGGCGGAGGGGAAGAAGAGUAAGAAGGGGGUGAGGUUUUUGGAGCGCGGGGAGGUGGAGGGAGAGGUGCUGAAUAGUACGUCUGGCGGGCAUGUGUCGGCGGAGCUACUGAAGAGUGGCAGGGGGAAGCAGCGGCAGGUAGAUGACGAUGAGGAGGAGAGCUCGGGGGAAGAGGAGGAUCGGGAUCAGUUGCCGGAGGAGAUGGAGGGGGAGUUGGCGGCGGAGAUUGGGGCGGGGGGGAAGAAGAAGCAUGCGCCGAGGCUGGAUGCGUUUAAUUUGAAGGAAGAAGAGGAGGAGGGGCGGUACGAUGAGAGCGGGAAUUAUGUGCGAAAGGCGGCGGACCCAGACGCGGCGAACGAUAGUUGGUUGGACGGGUUGACGAGGAAGGAUAUGAAGAAGGCGAAGGAGGCGCAGGAGAAGCGGGAUGAGGAGUUGAGGAGGCAAGCGGCGGAGAGCGAUGCGCUGUUGACGAGUGAUUUGCUUUCGACGCUGAUAGCGCAUCUGGAAACGGGGGAGACCGCGUUGGAGGCGCUGCGGCGGUUGAACAAGAGCAAGCCCGCGAGUAAAGAGACGAAGGUGCCGAAGUGGAAGCAGAAGAAGUUGCGGAAGGACGAUAAUAUGGACGUCGACUCCAACGGCAACAACAAUGCUUCCACCGACCCCGCCGAAACCGCCCGCCGCGCCGCAGUCGAUGCCAUCACCGGCGCCGCAGAUGCCAUCUACGGCCGCGCCCAACUCGAAAUCUACGAUACCGAGCGGGAGGUCCUGAUGCGGCAGUAUCGACGAGAGACUGGUGAAGACUGGGUGUCUAAGGCUCAACCGGCCGAAGCAGAGGAUGGUGAUAGGCAGACGUGGGAGUUUCGAUGGAGCGAGGGUGGGGAUUUGCACGGCCCGUACGACGCAGCGACGAUGAGCGCAUGGAGGGAAGCUGGGUAUUUUGGGGAAGGGGUGGAGUUUCGCAGAGGAGGUGGGGAGUGGAGUCGACUGCUCGAGCUGUGA